GUUUUGGGCUCACAAUAGAAAGACUGUCAGACUAGACUGAGUGCAGUGGAGAGACACCAGAAGGCUUUGGAGGCUGAAGGACAUCUAGGAAUCACUGAUGGAGCUGAGAUUCCUCAGUCUUGAGAAGGGGAGAGUUAUUAAUGUCUCAUAAGAUCUGACAUGCAAUCAGUCCUUCAGGACUCAGCUGUGCAAGUCGAAAGGAAUUUCAUCACAAUUCUUGUGCAGGAAAAGGUGGAUAAAUGAUGAAUCACUUCAUGGUUCUGGCAGUACUGCUCCCUCUGAGGACUUGCUACACUACAUACUCGCAGGAAGAAUCCAUUGUGUUUCCAGUGACUUACCUUAACAUUUCCAAGGAUUUGGCUCUUCAGCGGCUGCUGGUGGAAUGGGAUGUUGGCAAGUCAGCACAUGAUGCUGAGCUGGCAAUGUCUUUUGAAAUACAAGUUCGUCGAACAGAUGAAACUGUGUGGACAGUAAGUGAGUUUCAUAACACCACACUUGAUAAAUCAGGAAAGCCUCUUCAUUGGAUAUGGAAUUCAGACAUACCUUUGGAAUGUAUGGCACACUCAGUGAGAAUCAGGAGCAAAGCAGAAGCAUCAAAAAUCUGGAGUCAGUGGAGUCUGUGGGAGACUGUGCUAGGCUUGGACACUUCAAAUAACAGUGGACCACAAAUCUUUCCAAAUGAGAAAAUUGUAGAGGAGGGCUCUGACAUCACUCUUUGUUGCAUUGGAAGGAAAGGUCAAAUCCUUAAGGAAUUCUUUCUAGCUCCAGAUGUUCAUGUUUUCAGUCACACAGACAGUCAAGUCAGGCUUCUCACUGUGAAAAACGUGUCACAUCAAGGAGUGCCUCACAUCACUGUCUACUGUCAAGAGUCUUGCGAUGAGGAGCAAUGCUAUGAUCAUGCAGUUUUCUUUGUGGGUAAAUCACCUGAUGCACCUGAUGAUUUUUCCUGCCAAACUCAAGACAUGAGAACAGUGACGUGUACUUGGAGCCAAGGAGGCGACACGUAUCUUUAUGGAUGUCAUUCACCAAAAUACACGUUGUAUGAAGAGUUUUCCCACAAAAAGGUUCCAUGCACAGUAAGUUGUUCUGAGCAGUGCUCGUGUUCUUGGGAUACAGGCCAGCAGAGGAUCCUGAAUAUCACAGUAACUGUGGAAAACCCACUGGGAAAGAAAACUGCCACAGAUGUUUUUGAUGUAACUCACAGAAUUUAUCCCGCUGCACCUUCGCAGCUGUGGGAAGAAUGCACAGAUACCAAAAUCACAUUAUAUUGGAGACAUCGAAACAAAGGAAUUGAACUCUUUUGUCAGACUGAAGUGCUCCUACCUGAUGGGAAAGUAGAAUUGCAUAAUAGUUCAGACACACACCUCCAUUAUGGCUCACAGAGCAUUACGCUGGAUGGACUGCAGCCAUACACUGAAUACACAACUAGAGUGCACUGUGGGGCAGCUAAGCAUUUCUGGAGGUGGAGUGAAUGGAGUGAAGCCCGAACCAUCAGAACAAAUGAAGCAAUUCCGUCGGGGAAACUGGACAUCUGGAGAGAAAUUACACCAGUUCAGGGGGGCAGGAAUGUGACCUUGUUCUGGAAGCAAGCACCAAGUUUUCAAGCAAAUGGAGAAAAUAUUUCAUAUGACGUAACCUGGGGAAAAGUAGAAGAUGAUUCUAAGUCUGAAAGCAUCACCUUUUCAUCAGUCUACAAUAGCACAAGGAUUUCCAUUGAUAACCAUUCUUACAGAAUCAGUAUCACAGCAAAGAACAAUGUUAAUUAUUCACUUCCUUCAAUAUUGAUAAUCCCUAGCACUACAGACACCAAAGAGCUUAAAGAAGAACAGGUUAAUGGUACAGAUGAUGGCAUUUUUAUUACCUGGGAGCCCAGACAUAUAUAUGACAAUUACAUUGUUGAUUGGUGUAAUUUUCCAAUGUUACAGCCUUGCGACUUGCAGUGGAAGAGAUUUGGGCCCAACACUUCCAGUGCUCUGAUCAACUCAGCUGCUUUUAUUCCAGGGGUGAGAUACAAGUUCCAAAUCUAUGGAUCUGUUGCUAAUAAAGCAUCCUUACUGGAGAAGAAGACUGGUUUCCUCAGGGAGCUACCUCCUGUACUUGACCCUGUUGUGGAAAAAGUUGAACUGACUUUCAAUGCAGUAACGCUCUGUUGGGAUUCUUAUCCCACAAAUGAAUCACAGUCUGGUUUUGUAAGAGGCUACCAUGUUUAUGUGUCACCUCUACAAGAGGACUGCAGUUUGAAAGGAUCCCAAAAACAUGUUCUUCCAGAUGAUUCGGUGCUAUGUAAAUACACAAUUGAAAAUCCAGAAGAAAAGAGAUACACCGUGAAACACCUGUUGUCAAACACAAAAUACAAACUUGUAGUUAAAGCAUAUACAGGUGGAGGAGAGACUCCCAUUGUUAACUUUAUAUACAUAGAUACACCGCUUAACUCCAACAUGCUGUACCUCCUAGUCCUGUUAGUGAUAGUUCCUGCACUAGUAGCAGCGAUAUGCCGCUGGAAGAUGAAGUGGGUGAAAGAGUGCUGCUGUCCUGUAAUACCUAGUCCUAACAAGAGCAAAGUGCUGUCAUUCAAAGAGUUUAAGAUUGGUUCUGAGAAAGUAUUGAAAAUAAGUGACUGCAUUCCUGACGUGCUAGCAGUGGACAGUAAGGCUGAAGCCGAGAAGUUACAUCCUUGGAGCCAGUUGUCUUCAAUGACAACAGAUUAUAAGAUUGAUGAUCACAAUUCUUCCCGCAUUUACCUUAAUGAAAAUGAAGAGAGAGACUUUACACCCACACCUACACCUCAGACUCAUACUUGGUUUGAAAAUUUUGCUUAUUCUUCUCAUCUCGCAGUUGAAUCUGAUGCCUAUCAACUACCAGAGACAAUAGAAGCAAGCAAGCCAGAACUGUCAGUCAUGCUGUACCAGCCACACCUCUACUUCGACGUUUGUAAGGAAGAUGUUGCCUCAACACCCAGAGAAACAGCUGGCAGAAAGACCAACCUGAGAUACGUUUCACAAACAGAUGUGCACUGCCUAGGGAGGAAGCUUUGAUGUACUCUCCUCCUUUGAGUCCAUCCAGUUUUCGGUUACACAGUGUAAAUAAGAACUUACAAACCCACACAUUGUUUGGAUGAAGGCUUUCACAAGCCCAACUGCACUACUUCAGUUAAUGCUGAAAAGCUCUUACUUCAGGACUAGUUUAAAAAUACUGUCUUGUGCACAGGAACGAUGUGUGCUAUGGUUUCAUCACAUAUUACAGGCAUUAUAUAAGCUUUACAGGCAGCUUUGUGGCCUAUAUUAUGUAGAAAGUUAGAUCAUAGCAGUUCAUCAUGGUCUGGUACAGAGAAAUACUAUAUUUUGCAGAGAUUAAAAAUGUAUUCAGAAAGUAGAGGAACAAGUUAAAGAAGUGAGAGUGCUCACAGACUGUAUUUAUUUUACUUUGUGAAGUAAAUUACAGCGUGCUUACUCUGUGCUUUGGCCACCCCAGCAAGUGUGGGUUGCAGCUGUGAUGGAGUGUUACUCAGCUUUGGGGUGUGCUCCAGCCCAGUAACACUGGGGGUGUGGGUUGUAUUUUCCCUCUCUUAGGUGAUGUAAGGAAUCAGCAUGGAAGGGUUUACCUGCACUCGGUGUGUGGCACAUUGCUGAAAUAUUAAAAGGAACUUCGACUUCUCUAGGAGUGCUACCCUGUGCACCAAAAUACAGUGACCAUCUUGCUUUUACUCCCCUUGUCUUCUAACUACACUUGGUAGGUGAAAGAACACAGAAAACAGGUUUUUAUAGGGUCCAGGGUUUUAACAACGUCAGGCCCUGCUAAUGGGCUGCUGCUCUGUUUCUGGUGACUGCCUUCUCUGCAGGAAGAAUGACCCUUCGAAAUCCUAAGCAAAAUCCUCAUAACUGAAUGGAGAUGUGGGGGGGGGGUGAGUGGGAAGGAGCUGUUAUCAACAGGACAGCUGUUUGCAGAGGUGUUACCAUGGCAGUAUUUCUCUGCUUGAGCAGAAGAACUUAACUUCUUUUAUCAUUAACCCCUGCACUUACAUAGCAAGCCCCAACCAACCAGGUAAGCAGGCACAUGCAUAGGUAUAUGAAUUCCAUUUGUGAAGAUUGUCAUAUUCAGGCUCUCGGCUGGAUCUCCCAGCACUACUUUUGCAUGUACUGAAGAUAGUAUUUUUAUACUAACCAGAAUCUCUGCAGUAGGCAACAGUGAAUUUGGUCUUCCAUUUUGAGUUAAAAAGACUUGUACUUUUGUAAUGAAGCAGAAGAGUUGGAAUUGAUCCAAGUGUCUUAGCAGAUUAACCUCCCCUAGUACACAUGGAACUCAUUGGUUUUGCUUAACUGUGGUACUGUCUAGAAUCUUUCAUGAU